CCUCAGCACCAGCCACGUUUGCCCCACAGGUUGUUGCACUCUGCAAUCGAGCUGCUCACAGCUGUUUGCUUACAGCUCAAUUUCAUUGCCAGGAGCAUGCAAAGGGCUGUGUGGGGGUGGGAAUGUGGGGGUGGGGGUUGCAGCCCAGAUUCAGCUGCCUGAAUUUUCUCUUCAGAGUGGCUCCUCAGGCUGCCCCUUCCUCUGGCAGCAGCUCAGGUGGGUCCCACUAGAUUUUAGGUCUGUUACCCAUUCAGCAGCCUCAGGUUUUUUAAGUUUUUGAGGCUUUUUGCUUGACCAAAUAAACUUGUGGUGUGACUUGUUCCCAGUGCAGGACCCCCCUGCCUGUUGAAGCACUCUGGGGAGAGCAGAGCCACCUCCAUCACCUGCUGAAGAUAGUGAUGGGCCACCAGACUGACGCUUCCCUGGAGGUGGGGUGCCAGAACUGAUGUUUGGCUCCAUGGCAGGAUGAAUUUCAAGGCAGAGUGGUAAAAGUCACUGCCUGCCCUUGGCUGGGCCAGGCAAGGGCUGUUUUUGCUUGCUGGCAUGUUCCCAUCUGAGUUGGGCUUGGCUGCAGCUGAGCCGGGCGCCGAGGUCCCUGUGCCUUCAGUGCAACCCUCUGCUGCAGCGUGAGAGGGAAGGAGCUGGAUCUAAGAAGAAAAGAGAAGAAAAGGGAAAAACAGAUGAGGCACAGAAAGGACAUGAAGUGUGAGAACCUUGACCUGAGAGGGAAGGAAACAGCAGCACGCUUUGAAAAGUGAAACUGCUGGUGCAGGAAAUCGGCGCCCUUGUGCUGCUCACCGGCUGGGCUCUGCCCGGCCACCACAGCCUCCGGCCGGCCCUGCAGACCCACCUGCCCCGGCCGCACUGUACGGCCUUGCUCCGGAACGGGGCCAGCUGCCCGGCUGUGACCCAGGUGGGACAUUGCUGGGGACACAGUUAUCCUUGGGGACAUGGCUCUCCUGGUAGGGAUGUUGCUCUCCUAGUGGGGACAUGGGUCUGUUGGUGAGGAUGGUACUCUCCUGGUGAGGACGUUGCUCUUCUGGCACGGGGCUGGGUGUUAGCCGGGUGUCAGGGCUCUCCCCAUGGGGGUGCGCAGCAGCAGGAGCUGCGUCCCAAGUGGGGGCAGCCCCCCGAGCACUGCUGGGGAGCUGCUGGUCCAGGCCCUGGAAGACCUCUCAGAGCUGGAUUUUAAAAAAUUUCGGCAUGUGCUGGCCCGUGGAGACCUGCAGGGCAGGAAACCCAUUGGCUGGGGGCGGCUGGAGAAGGCUGGCUGCGUGGAUACCACGAACCUCAUGUUGGAUUUCUACGGUGAGGAGGCCGCCCUGGAUGUGGCUGUAGCCGUCUUUGAGCGCAUCCAGCUCCGCAAGGCUGCCACCCUGCUCCGGGAAAGCAGAGAGAAAGCCCUGGCGCCCGCUCCUGUACUGGGACCAUCAUCACCAGAUUACCAGAGGAAUUACAAAAAAGCCAUAAGCCAGGCAUACAGCCGCAUAAAGGACCAAAACGCCCGGCUGGGUGAUGACGUGAGCCUGAACACCAGGUACUUGAAGCUGGUAAUCAUCAACAAGCACCUUGAUGAAGAGGAACGGGAGCAUGAGAUUGUGGCCAUGGGACAGAGGCAUGCGGAGCUCAUGAAGGAGCAAGCCAACUCCUCCAUCGCUGUUGGUGACCUCUUCAAGCCCGACCCUGAUGGCUGGACCCCCAGGGUGGUCGUGCUCCUGGGAGCUGCGGGUGUGGGCAAGACAAUGACGGCCAGGAAGAUUGUGCUGGAUUGGGCAUCUGACAAGGUGUUCACAGAGUUUGACUAUGUCUUCUACAUCCACUGCCGGGAGGGUAACCUCCUCACCAGCCAGGCCAGCAUGGCCGACCUCAUCACCUGGUGCUACCCUGGCAGCUCUCCACCACUCUCUAAGAUGCUGGAGCUGCCAGAGAAGCUCCUGUUCGUGAUUGAUGGCUUUGAUGAGCUCCGCUUCUCCUUCGACCGGCCCCAGACUGAGCUGUCCUCUCAGCUCUGGGAGCCAAAGCCGGUGGAAAUCACCCUGAGCAGCCUCUUCCGCAGGAGGCUCCUGCCCGAGAGCUCCCUGCUCAUCACCACGAGGCCGGCCGCCCUGCAGAGACUGGGCAGGUUCCUGGACUGUGAGCGCUACGCUGAAAUCCUGGGGUUUUCGGAGGCAGAGAGGAAGGAUUAUUUCUACAGGUUUUUUGGAAAUGAGGAGCAGGCGGCUGCUGCCUUCCAGUUAGUCAGAGGGAAUGAGGUGCUCUUCACCAUGUGCCUGGUGCCCAUUGUGUGCUGGAUCGUCUGCACCGUCAUGAAGCAGCAGCUCAGAUGCACCGGGGGUCUCAUCCAAAGCCCCAGGACCACGACGGGGAUCUACAUCCUCUACCUUUCUGCCUUGAUGCAGUCUCUGAGCGGCCAGCUAAAGAAAGGCAUGCCCAGGCUGCUCAGGAGGCUGUGCUGCCUGGCGGCCAGUGGCAUCUGGAAGCAGAAGGUCUUCUUCGAGGAGAAGGAGGUGGAGGGGUACAUGCUGGACCAGCGAGAAGCUCUCCCACUCCUCCUCAAUGAGCACCUCUUCCAGAAGGACAUCUCCUGCGUCAGCACCUACAGCUUCAUCCACCUCAGCUUCCAGGAGUUUUUUGCAGCCCUCUUCUACCUGCUGGAAGAUGAAGGGGAGGCAGUGGAAGCCCCCACCGGUCCUACCAGGGAUGUGAAGGAGCUGCUGGAGAGUUAUGGCAACUCCAGGAACUACUUCAUGCUAACUGUGCGGUUCCUCUUCGGGCUUUUAAAUGAGGAACGCAGGAGGGAGCUGGAGGAGAAGACUGGGUGUAAAAUUGCCCCCAGGAUUACACAGGAAUUACUGGCAUGGCUUCAAAACAGCCAGAAAACAGCCCUGGCUCUUCUGAUGCAGAAGACGGCGGUGAUCCGCGAGCUGGAGGUCUGCCACUGUCUGUAUGAGCUCCAGGAUGAGCAGUUUGUGGCAGCCGCCUUGGAUCCUUUCACGGGGGUGUACCUGCGAGGGCUCAACCUCAAGCGCUUCGACCAGGUCGUCCUUUCCUUCAGCAUAAAAAACUUCCCCAAGCUGGAGUCGCUUGACCUGGGGCACUGCUCCUUCCUGUGGGAUGACCCCGAGGACUGCGGUGGCCCGCAGCCAGCCAAGCAGGCAUGCUGGGAAAAACAGCAAGAGGAGGGGAAGCAGUCACCCAUUCACCUGCUUUGCCAAGCCUUGGAAAAGUCAGACUGUAAAUUAAAGAAGUUAAGGUUUGAUCAAUGUCAGCUCACAGGCGCCUGCUGCGCCGCUCUGGCCUCCGUUCUCAGCACCAAGCCCACGCUGGUGGAGCUGGACCUGGCUGGCAACAAGGACCUGCAGGACGGUGGUGUGCAGCUGCUGUGCCGGGGGCUGAGGCGCGGCGCCUGCCAGCUGCGGAUGCUGCGGUUGGGCUGCUGCAACCUUACGGCCACCGGCUGCAAGGACCUGGCUGCUGUGCUGGGCACCAUGCCCAGCCUGGUGGAGCUGGACCUGAGUGACAAUCCCUUGGGGGAUGGCGGCGUGCAGGAGCUGUGCAGGGCACUAGCAGGACCCAACUGCAGCAUGCAAAGGCUCUGGCUGUGGCGGUGCCAGCUGACCAAGACAAGCUGCGGGGCUCUGGCCAUGAUGCUCCCCACCAGCCCCAGCCUGACGGAGCUGCACCUGAGUGACAAUGAGCUGGGAGACGAGGGCGUGCGGCAGCUGAGUGAGGGGCUGCGGGAUCCAGGCUGCCGGCUGCAGAGACUGAGGCUGUGGCGGUGCCGGCUGACAGAGGCAAGCUGCAGGGCUCUGGCCACGAUGCUCCCCGCCAGCCCCAGCCUGAUGGAGCUGCAGCUGGGGGACAACGAGCUGGGGGACGAGGGUGUGCGGCGGCUGAGUGAGGGGCUGCGGGAUCCAGGCUGCCGGCUGCAGAGACUGAGCCUGUGGCAGUGCCAACUCACCGAUGCCUGCUGUGGGGACCUCGGUGCUGUGCUCAGCACCAGCCAGAGCCUGGAGCAGCUGGACCUGAGCGAGAAUGACCUGGGAGAUGGCAGUGUGCAGCUGCUGUGCGAGGUGCUCAGGCACCCUACCUGCUGCUUGCGGAUGCUGUGGCUCAAGAAAUCAGGAUUAAAUGAAGAGCUGUCACAGACACUGGCUGCGCUCAAGGCAGUAAAACCCAACCUGUCUGUGCACAUGUGACAAGCAGGACUCGCCUCAGCGCUCACUGAUGGAGCCUGCACUUGUCUUAAGAGAGGAGGGGUCUGGGAGAGGUUUGUUCUGUUCGUGAAAGGCCCUCUUGGUGCUGAAAGCACCUUCCCCCAGGCAUGGCCAGGUUCUGGCUCAGCCUCCUCAGGAGCACAGGGAUUGCCACUUAGAACUGAGACACAUUUGUGCAUUACAGGUCCAGACAGGACCUCCUCCAAGGUCCUGAGUGGGGGGGAAGGAAAGGGAGCUGAGGCCAUAGGGAACUGGGGUGAGAAAUGGAUCAGUCUGAAAGUUCAGUGUUUGGGCCCCGGCUUUGGGAAUGCCCAAAACAUGCCUUGGCUGCAGAUAUUUUUAUUUGCUCCUCGCACUUCAUAUGCUGUGAUUCUGUAUUUCUGUCUGGAGCUCCAGUUGCCAAGGUCUUCUCCCUCUCCUUUUUGGCCAUUUAAUUAUUGUGAACAGUGCUUCUAUUAUACCCAAGCUAAAUAAACACCCCCUCCCAGAAACCUCUUUGCAUCGUGACAUUUCUGCGCGCUCCUCUAUCAGCAGCCUCCAGCCCAGGCAGCCCCAGGGAUGCUGCCCAGUCUCUGGUUUCUCUCCCACCACCAGGAGCAUCACGGUGCAG